UUGAAAUGUAAGAGUGGCCUAAGAAAUUAUUUCUUGCUAUUGCAUUCAUCUCUUGUUUCACCUGUUAUGCAAGACCAGACUAUAAUCUCCCAUUAUUUGCCUUUGCAUAUUUACUUUGGGAUAUAGAUAGACCUGUAAGUCAAUCAUUAAUGUGAAUUUAGGUAUCACAAAAGAUUAGAUUAAUUUACUUAUUUGUUUAUUCAUGGAUUAUUGAUUUUGUUUGGCUUGUUUAUUGGGGUCCAUUUUGGAAUUCAUCAACUUUUAGUCAUAAUUGGGCUGAUGGAAUUUAAACAUUUGUUUUAGUAUUGUCCGUUAUCAAUUUCAUCUUGAAAGUAGAUAUCGAAAUUAUAUUGUAUAGUUGGGUACAAUUGUAGUGUGCAUUUUGGCAGAAAAAGAAUGCAAAGAUGCAUUACAUCCUGAAAAUGCAAUGGCACAUGCAAAGAACAUAUUUAAUAGUGAUGGUUAGCAUUAGUGAAUUACUUAAAUUUUUAAAAAAAA